CUGAAUGUUGCCUUGUAUCUAGUUCAAACCUCUUGUUUUUUCAAAUUAAUAUCCCAUGGUCUAUUCAUUGAAUGUUUUUUAAUCCUCUAUAAUUUGUGGGAAUAUUGUUGUAUAAUGAUCUCAAAUUACUUAAAGAAUAAAGAUCGAGAUUCUAUGAUUCAUGGCGCAAUAUAUGAUGACAGGAUAAUUCAUUGUUGAGUAGUGAUUAAGCUCUUUGGUAAUGGCUAGAAUAAAAAAAAAAUCACGUCAUAUUUGAUUAUAUUUACCAUAAAUCAUAGAAUCGAGGUCUUUAAAUUGUUACGAUUCUAAUAUGAUAAACAAGCCAGAAACUGUUUACAUUCAUGAAAUUUGGAGGUCGUAUGUACUUGUUUAUUGACCAGUAAAUCAAUUAUGUUAUUGUCACAUGCAUAUCAUAUUAGAAUCAUUGUUAUAAAUUAAAUAUGUUAUCCAAGAUUUAUGCUUUUAGUAAAUUAAAAAUACAUUUAUAUUAGAUUUAAUUUGAUGUACUUCAGAAGCUAGCAUGGUUUUACUGAAAAAUUAGGAAGCACGUCAGAUAUUCUUAACCCAAUGACAUGUGUUAUUUUCUUGAGAACAUCAAAUCUUAAAUUUCAGUAAAAUAACACUAGCUUUUGUAACUUCCCGAAAAAUGUAAAUAAAUUAUUGCCAAAAAUAUAAUAAAAAUAUACAAUAUAUUGUACACUUUAUUUGUCUGAUUUUAUUUACAAGUUUAAUACAUUUAUAUUUACAUGUACAUUUACAUCAGGUUGCUACAUGUAUAUUAUACAGAGCUUGAAUUCAUUAAUAAAACUGCCUGGCUGACUGUUAUUCAAUGGAGACGAAGUACAUGUACUUAUCUUCUUCACAGAAAUUGAACAAGUUCACCAUCCCAUUACACACCCUAUGCAGAUGGAGCCUAUGGGAAAUAUUUGGUGUGGCAACAAGUUCACCAUCCCAUUACACACCCUAUGCAGACGGAGCCUAUGGGAAAUAUUUGGUGUGGCAACAAGUUCACCAUCCCAUUACACACCCUAUGCAGACGGAGCCUAUGGGAAAUAUUUGGUGUGGCAACCAGUUCACCAUCCCAUUACACACCCUAUGCAGACGGAGCCUAUGGGAAAUAUUUGGUGUGGCAACAAGUUCACCAUCCCAUUACACACCCUAUGUAGAUGGAGCAUAUAGAAAUAUUUGGUGUGGCAACAAGUUCACCAUUCCAUUACACACCCUAUGCAGACAGAGCCUAUGGGAAAUAUUUGGUGUGGCAGGAAUGAGAGUUUGGUGCAGAGGUAAAAGUCAUUUUUGAAUUUAAAUUUGUGAUAUUUGCUUGGGACGCUGUAUAAAAAAUAACAAUUUCGAACUGUAGGUAAGGAAAAGUUAAAUGCAUCCUG